ACCACUACCCACACAUUGCAACAAACAAAGCUCUCCGGCUCUCAGGAAGACACGACUACUCCGUUUCUCAAGACAGCAACAGAGCUUCAACAUGGUGUCCGGCGGAAAGCAGAUCUUGGGGAUGGUGUUGGCCUUCAUCGGCUUACUGGGGACCAUCAUCAUCUGCGCCCUCCCAACCUGGAGAGUCACAGCCUUCAUCGGUGCCAACAUCGUCACCUCUCAGAUCAUAUGGGAGGGUUUGUGGAUGAACUGUGUGACUCAGAGCACAGGCCAGAUGCAGUGCAAGGUGUACGACUCUAUGCUGGAGUUGCCUCAGGACCUGCAGGCCGCCAGAGCACUCACUGUCAUCGCCAUCAUCGUUGCAGUCGUCGGGAUCCUGCUGGGCGUGGCGGGAGGCAAGUGCACCAACUUCAUACCCGACGAAAAUCAAAAGAUCACGGUGGCUGUCGCUGCCGGUGUCAUGUUCAUCAUCGCGGGCGUCUUGGUCCUCAUCCCCGUCUGCUGGACCGCGAACACAAUCAUUCGGGAUUUCUACAACCCAACUCUGAUCAGCGCUCAGAAGAGAGACAGCUUCAAAGAUCUUCCCAUCAUGGCCUCAAUGGGGAUGCAGCUGCUGGGCAGCGCCCUGUGCCUCCUGGGCUGGUUUGGGGUCUUCACCAGCUGUGUGCUGCCUAUGUGGAAUGUGACCGCCUUCGUGGGCAGCUCCAUUGUGACCGCCCAGACUAUCUGGGAGGGCAUCUGGAUGUCGUGUGUGGUUCAAAGCACAGGAUAUAUACAGUGCAAGCGCUAUGAGUCCCAGCUGGAACUCAGCGCCGACAGGCAGGCCGCCAGGGCACUCAUGAUCCUCGCCAUUGCUACAGGCAGCUUUGGCCUCAUUCUGGCCUUCGUGGGUGGAAAAUGCACCCGCUUCUUGGAUGCAGAAGGAAGUGGUGCGAAGGAGAAAAUGGCCAUAACAGCAGGGGUGGUGCUGAUGAUCUCAGGGCUGCUCUGUUUGAUUCCUACGGCGUGGGCGGCCAGCACGGUGGUGAAGAACUUCUACAGCACAUCCAUAGACUCUCAGAAGAUGGAGAUCGGAGCUUGCCUCUACCUUGGCUGGGGGGCAGCGUUUCUGCUCAUCCUGGGAGGGGGUCUGUUCAUGAAGUCCUCUUGCUCAGGCAAAGCCCACGACACGGACAAGAGCCCCUCCGUUCGCUACGUGGUAGUCCGAUCCUCUAAUGGAUCCUCCCGCGCUGGCUCCCGUCUCUCCAGGGUGCCAACGGCGCUGGCUCAACCCAUGAAACGCAUGUCACCCGGGCCCCAAAGCUUUGGGGCGCCAACCGCCUAUCCUCAGCUGUUCUCUAGGCCUGGAUAUGACGUCGAAUCCCAGCAGGACAUCAGAGAGGAUUCAGAGAGAUCCUGGGCUCCAUCGACAAAGUCUCAGAUGAAAAGGCCCAAGUCGAGAAAGUCCGAACUCAGCGACACACCAUCAACAAAGUCUCAGUUGAAACAAGCUGAACUGGAUGAAACUUUAUCAGCUGCCAGUGAAAAUAAAGAUGAAGCAGCACCAAAAACAUACCUGUAACAUGAGCACUGGAAGAAGGAAGACUUCAGUUUACAUCUAGUUUGCAGUUACUUAGUAGUUCAAUGCUUUAUAGAUGAUAAUGUUUCAUUUUUAUAUAAUUAUUUGUUGUGUGAAGGACGUUUUUCAAAAUGAAG